AUGGUAUACUUGUCUAUGGAACGUCUGGGUAAUCAAGUGACUAAAUUAGGCUAUUCGAUGCCAAGUUUGACAAGAAAAGUAGACGGUUUGAAUGACUGGAGACAAAUACUCGAGAAACACGUGAGUACGAUUAGAAAUGAGAUUCAUGGUAUGCAAAUUAUUGGUACGCACAAGAUAAACCCUUCGCUCGUAUCAGACGUCGCACAAGAUUCUGGAGAGAUACUUGACGUUAUCAGUGCCUUGACGCAAGAACUUGUUGCGUUACAGCAUCGGACUGCACAACUUGUGACAAAGAAAGCAGAUAUGGUUGGACGUCUUGUAGCUGUGAUGGCAGGAGGUUCUGCUUUUGCUACGACUGCUGUUGCUGAGAGUCUUGUUCACCAACCUAGUAAUGUUGUAUACGAAGAGUCGAAGAAUCCUGUAUUUGCCCUGUCCAAAGGCGCUUUAACAGUGGGAGAGCUAGCAAUGUCCUCAGCUAUGACGACACUUCCUAAGAGCUCAGAUCCUACAUCUGUGCAAUCUCAUAACAGUGCGUCUAGCGGCGGCUGGGGCACAUUUGGGGCUGCGACGUCACAAGACUCACCUCCUCCUCCGCCGUUUGGAGCAAAUAUUGCCAAUCCACCGGCGUCAAGUGACCCGUUUGGCUUUAGUUCAUUGCCUGCUGCUCCGGAUGCUGCUGCAAAGGUAACAGGAACCCAAGAAUCAGUGUCAACGCCAGCACCGGUCAAUGAUUUCUCGUGGGGUGCGUUUCAAUAG